AUGUCACGACAAAUAUUAAAAGAAGAAUCAAUAAAUGGAUUCAACAUAAAUUGGCUUGGAUAUCAUUUUCAAAGUCAAUCUGAUCAAAGUACAAAUAUUUCAACACCAGUUUUUACAGAUGGUCAAGCACCUACUGGAGUUGAAUUUCCAGACAGUUAUAAAGAUGAUCAACAUAAAGAGUCAAUGAUGAAUAUUAAAGGUAAAAAAAAGGGUGAUGUUGGAAAAAAUGAUAAUGAUAGUAAUUUAAUCUAUUCGGAACCAAAUUUACAAAGUACUGGCUAA